ACCAUAAAUCCUGCAGCGCUCAGGUCGAAUCAUAAACGCGCCCCUGUAUAAUCGAAUCAAACUUCUCGCCAACUCACCAUGGCCUUCGGUUUGAACACUAAUUCGGACCCUUCCGAGGGUGUCAUCCGUAACGAGACCGGCACUGUCGGGAACCCUGCCGACUAUGCUCAUCUCGUCAAGGACGCCGCUACCGCCGAUGCGGCCGAGCAUACCAUGAGCGUCCGACAAGCCUUCAAAAUCCACAAGAAGGCUGUGUUCUGGAGUAUGGCGCUUUCGGCCGCUCUGAUCAUGGAGGGUUACGACGUCGUCAUCAUCGGAUCCUUCUACGGCCACCCCUCCUUCCUCCGUCGAUUCGGAGAGACCGCAGAGGACGGGACCCGUUACAUCCCCGCCCAGUGGCAAAGCGCUCUGUCGAACGGUAGUAGCGCUGGAGGCAUCAUCGGUCUGAUGAUCAACGGUUGGGCCGCCGAGAGGUUCGGACCGAAACAGGUCUAUCUGGCGGGAAUGGUCGCCAUGGUCGGGGCUAUCUUUAUCACUUUCUUCGCCAACAGUCUUGGUAUGCUCGUCGCUGGAGAAGUCAUCUGUGGUCUUCCCUGGGGUGUUUUCCAGACCUUGACUACCGCUUACGCCGCCGAGGUCUGUCCCAUUCAACUGCGUGGAUACCUUAGUAGUUACGUCAACUUCUGUUGGGGAGUCGGUAUCUUGAUCAGUUCGGGAGUCGCCAAGGCCACCAUCACGGAUCUGUCCGACAUGGGCUGGAAGCUUCCCUUCGCACUCCAGUGGAUCUGGCCGGUUCCUCUCUUCAUAAUGGCCUGCUUCGUGCCCCAAUCACCCUGGUGGCUAGUCCGUCAAGGGCGUUACCAGGACGCCGAGCGAUCCGUCGCCCGUCUCACCGAUGCCGAACACUACUCGGAGCUCGAGGUGAAACAGUCGGUGGCCAUGAUGAUCCAUACGACCGAGAUGGAGAAGCAGACCACGGCGGGCGCGAGUUACAUCGACUGUUUCAGGGGGGUGGACAGGAGGCGGUCGGAGAUUGCCAUGAUGGUGUUCGCAGGUCAACUAUUGAGUGGUCAAAACUUGAUCGGUCAGGGAGUUCAGUUCUUGCAGAGGGCCGGAAUCGAUACCGAGGCUUCCUUUAGCGUCAACAUGGGUCUCAACAGCAUGUUCUGUAUCGGUACCAUCUGCUCUUGGUUCUUGCUCUCCAAAUUCGGUCGUCGAACGCUAUACAUCUCCGGUUUCGUAUGCAUGGACAUCGUCCUCCUCAUCAUUGGCGGAUUGGCUUUCAAGGAUACCUCGGGAACCGCCUGGGCUUCGGGUAUUCUCCUCAUCUGCCUCAAUUUGAUCUACAACUCCACUCUCGGCCCGGUCUGUUACACCUUGAUCAGCGAGGUUGGAUCUACCCGAUUAAGGCAAAAGACGGUCGUACUCGCCCGUAUCUCUUAUCAAAUCAUGAACAUCAUCUGUGGGAUCAUCGUCCCAAGGAUGUUGUCGCCCGACGCGUGGAACCUGAGGUCGAAGAGUGCUUUCGUAUUCGUUGGCACGUGUACUUUGACGCUCAUCUACAUGAUCUUGAGGCUUCCCGAGACUCGUAACCGAUCCUACGGAGAGCUCGACAUCUUGUUUGAAAACAGGGUACCGGCUUGGAGAUUCAGCAAGACCAAGGUCGACCAGUUCAACUUGGAUCACCAGGAGGAAGAGUUGGAUCACUCGGACAAGCAGGAUCUCAAGGGAGAUACCGAGCAUACCGAGUAUCCGGCUCCUCGAUGAUCAGUUUCGUGCGCUUCAGAUUCAUAUAGACUCGAGGCGUUUUAUUUGGUCGACUGAGUAGUAUGCUAGGUAAUAUUUCCCGUUACUUUGUAUAAUACGACUAGGCGUUGAUUAUUGAUGAGCUGUGCAAGCGAUCUACACUUUCAGAAGUGGAAUGCUGUAUGUUGAUCUCGAUGGUCACG